UUUAAAAAAGAACAAAUUAAUAAAACAAAAAACUUUACAAAACAACAAAUAAAAAAAAGACAAGAAUGAAGAAAAGACAUCUACAAAAUUGUCUUUCGAAAGAAAAAAAGGCUUUUGAGUCCGAAAUAAAAAAAUAUAAAAGUUUAGUGAUGAGUGCUAAUGGUGAAAGUGUUGAAAAGAAUUUGCAGAAUAUAAGGGAAGUGCUAGUUUCUGAGGCAGUACCAUCUACAUCAGCAGGUUUUGUAGGGAGUGAAUUUGUGAUAUGUGAGUUAGAAAGUGAUAGAUCCGAGGCAGCAUUAGGUGAUUCAUUGAAAACAGAAGUUUCGGUUUUGGGCAGUGAUACUGAUGAAGCUGACCAGUCUGUAUUACCACCAACUACAUAUUCCUUUCCCAAGGAGCCAGAAAAAUGCCAAGAUAUACUUGCAACUUUGGAAAAAAUAUUGAAAGGUCAGCAGGCCAUUUUGGAAGGCCAGAAAGUGCUUAGAGAUCGUCUCAAAAAAGUCGAAGAGAAUCAAAGCAAUAUACUGGUGAAUCAAGGAUUCCUGACCAACGGCCAGGCGGUUCUUGUCACCAACCAGGAAAAUAUUGAGCGAAACUUAGAGCGUUACGAGACAAACCAUAAAGCUGAGUCAGUGGCUCAAAAUAAAGUCCUUAUGGAAUGUAAGGUAUCCAUAAGGAAGGUAGAGCAGUCGGUGUGCCAUAUGACGGGAGAAACCGUUGACCAUAACCUUAACGAAGUCGAAUCAAUGUUGCCAUUAAAAACUUUGGAAGAAGUUGAUAGCAUUGAGGAAAAACUUCAAUCGCCGGACUUUGCAAUGGCAGUAAAAACGUUUAUGUUUAAAACUAAAGGAAUAACAGAAGACGUCAGCGAAGUCAUGCGUAGUCUGAUGACGGAUGAACUUCUCGAUAAAUUUAAUUGGGAAGGGCGGUGGUCUAAGAAAGCGCUUGGUAACUUGACACUCUUCAAUAAUCUUUUAAGAGAUGUCUUUUCCCAGCAAUCUUCCAUUGAGUUUGAGAGGGGUUUGAGGAAGGCUGUGGACAAAAGCCAUCACAGACAAAAGCAAAAAAUUUAUUUCAAAAAAAUUAAAGAGCAAAAAUUAAUUUAAUGUUUAAAUAGUACUAAAAUACAUACUACUUUUAAGUUUAUAAGAAAAAUUUAAAAUUUUCGAAUUUUGAAAAAAUUUUGAAAAUACUACUUUUUUAAAAAUGCAAAUUUUUCGCCUAAAAUUUCUUAAAACCUUUAGUUUUUAAUCAAAAUUUCAUAAAAUAUAAAAAUAUUCUGAAAA